UGCAGAAAAAUACACAAGCAUCCUGAUAGUUCUCAUUUUAAAUUCAUCACUACAAAUCUCAAAUGAACCCUCAAACUUGUCUGGCCAUCUUAGUUAUUUCUCUGCAGUCCUUCCCUGUUGGUGUCCCCACUCUAAAAUAACUAUUGCUAUUUUACUUCUUCUCCUCUCUCUCCAAAGUCCCAGUAUCCUCCCCCCAGUCCUCCACUUCGCUGAGCCCCAACUCGCCUCAUAUUAUACCGAGAGAAUAGCUGUUUUCUUCACCUCACUCAGGCUCUGAUACCUCUCAUUGGGCUGCCACCCACACACACCUGGACCCCUCCUUACUGCUCUGACACACCAUGCUGAACCACUCUCCUCAUAGGAAGGAGGGCAGAACUUCUUUUUUACCUUUCUGUUCACUCGCGGAAACCUUAGUGGAGUAGUGGUUAAGUACUACAGCUGCUAACCAAGAGGUCGGCAUUUUGAAUCCACCAGGCGCUCCUUGGAAACUCUAUGGUGCAGUUCUACUCUGCACUAUAGGGUCGCUAUAAGUUGGAAUUGACUUGAUGGCAGUGGUUUGGUUUGGGUUUGUUCACUCGCGCUUGGCUGGCACAGACACUUAACCGUACACUUUUCACGUAAAGGUUGGCAGUUCAAACCCACUCAGUGGCUCCACGGAAGAAAAACCUAGUGAACAGCUUUCAUAAAGAUUACAGCCAGGAAAACCCAAUUGAGCAGUUCUAUUUUUUUUUUUUUAUUGUGUAACAUAUGGGGUUGCCAUGAGUCGGGGCUGACUCAGCAGCAGCUAACAACAUAUCCCAAACACUUAGAAUAAUGCUUUUUGACUAAGGGACAUUCUCAAUAAACACUGGUUGGUUGACCGAAUGAAUCUCUUGUCCAUUCUUUGGUAUAUUCUUCCAUGUUUGUCCUUGCAAAGCUUUUCACAGUUUUAAGCCCACUUCAUCCCAUUACAACAGCUCCUGAUAUUCCAAGCAUCAGCUUCAGGUCUAUGUGAAUGUAGUGCGUAAAGCAUCCGUUGGGGGUGGGCAGCAGAGGGCCCCAGCACAGGUGCAGCUUCAGGCUCUGGGCCUAUCUUGAUAUGAACAUACUCAGAAAGCUGACAAGGGAUUCUCUGAGGUGUACGACGUAUGGGUCAACGUAGGGAUGUUGUUGUUGCUGUUCGGCAAGUCGUUUUUGACACACAGUGACCCUAUCUACAACAGAAGGAAACACGGCCCGCUCCUGCACCAUCAUCACAAUCAUUGUUAUGCUUGAGCCCAUUGUUGUAGCCACUGUGUGAGUCCAUCUCGUUGAGGGUCUUCCUCUUUUUCGAUGACCCUCAACUAUGCCAAGCAUGAUGUCCUUCUCCAGGCACUGAUCCUUCCUGAUAACAUGAAUCUUUAUGACCCAGACGUUUGUGAAAUCAUCUCUUUAUCCCCACGCUUUGAAAGUUCAUAAUGAUGUGUCUUGUUGUAGGUCUGUUUUCAUCUUUCUCCUGGUACUUGGUGGGAUCUUUCAAUUUGGAAACAUAUCCUCUAGUUUUGGAAAACUUUCUUGAAUCAUUUAUUGAUGAUUUGCUUCCUUCCAUUUUCUUUGUUCUGUCUUUCUGGAACUCCUACUUUGAUCCUCUGAUGUUCUUGUCUUUCCUGUCCUAUUUUUAAUCUUUUGUUCUCGUAUCUGGAAGAUUUCUUCAGUUUAAGCUUCUAAUAUUUUUAUUGAGUUUUUCAUUUCUACUACCAUAUUUUUAAUUUCUAACAGCUUGUUUUUAUUUCCUGAAUGUUCCUUUUUCCCUGUUUUUGUGUCAUAUUUGCGUGUGACAUCUUAUUUUAUCAGAGUAGUGAUCAUAGUUUUAAUUUGUGUUGUUUUAGUUUUCUGUUUCCUCCAAUUUGCCAUUUUUCUUUGAUUCUUCUUGGAUUAUCUCUUUCAUAAUAGAGGCUUUCCUCAGAUGUCUGCUAAUCCUUGGACAUUUACUUAAAUACAGAAGUGGGCAACUAAAUGUUAAUUUGAAGUUCCCAGCCCCUAACUGGGUUUAAACAUUAUGUACUUCACUGUAGGGUGAUCAAGCUGGGUUGGGUCGGUUUCACUGGACAUCCUUAAAUCUCUCCUCUUAGGCUGGUCAGAUUCCCCAGAGAAGCCUCUCCCUAUAGCCUACUAGAAAACAAAGGUAUGAUUGCCAGCAUUUUAAAGAGCUGAGUGAGGGUCUCAGCAGCUAAUAGGCAAAUGUUUCGUUAAUCUACCCAUUUUCUGGAUGAUAUCCUCCCUUAACUCUGUUUGGUGUUCCUCAGUGCAGAGACCCUGUUUUAUGCUUUGGAGUAGAUAAGGGGCAGUUGCUUGGCUGUAUGGCUCUUGGGGCAGAGAUGGGUGAGAUGCUGCAGUGUAAAUUGAGUUGGUUAUUAGCUCUGCCGGCUCAGUUCUCAGGUCUGUCCUUUACCACUUUCCAUUUGCAUACCAGAUUUCAAUUUUUUGUUGCAGCUUUCUCUCCCAUUUUCCCCAUUCUAACAGGAUUUUGCCUUUCAUAAGAAUCCUUUACUUGCUUUAGAGGAGUCUGGGGAAGAAGCAAAAGAUGUGUGUUCAAUUCAUUGUCUUUCCCCAAAAGAUCCAAAUGUGUUAUAUGUAUUUGUUUAAUUUAAUAUUAUUUUACCUUAAAAAUACUUACAGUAACAUUUUCAGGAAAAAACAAAAUCCAAGUAGAAAUAAAGAGGAAGAAAAAAUCAGGAAAACUGGAGAAUAAUUACAACAACAACAACAAAAAAAGGCGGUCCAGGUAUCCAAUUCUGAAAGCACUUUUAGAAAAAAGUGAAAGUCACGAAAGGGUACGGGAAGAAAAACCCUAUAUUGUGUGUGGAAGACCUUGUAGGACAGACUGCUUUAACAGAUCUGACUGAUUUCAAUUACCUUUCGAAGAAUAGCCUCAAGUUUUCUUGAUGUCUCUGUUCUUCAUUAAUUCAUCUAUUGAACAGACAAUGAUUAUAAGUCACAGCAAAUGAUCACCAGAGGCUGAGGCUACUAAGCUGAAUGUCGUUGCUGUUGUUAGGUGCUGUCCAGUCGGUUCCUACUCAUAGCCACCCUGUGUACAACAGAACAAAACCCUGCCGGAUCUUGCACCAUCCUCACAAUCAUUGUUAUGACUGAGCCCAUUGUUGCAGCCACUGUGUCAAUCCAUCCCAUUGAGGGUCUCCCUCUUUUUUCACUGACCCUCUGCUUUACCAAGCAUGAUGUUCUUCCCCAGGGACUAGUCCCUCCUGAUAACAUGUCAAAGUAUGUGAGAUGUAGUCUCGCCAUCUUUGCUUUUAAGGAGCAUUUUUGUUGCACUUCUUUCAGGACAGAUUUGUUCAUUUUCUUUUGGCAGUCCAUGGUAUAUUCAAUAUUCUUUGCCAACAAGACAACACAAAGGCAUCAGUUCUUUGGUCUUCCUUAUUCAUCAUCCAGCUUUCGCAUGCACAUGUGGUGAUCCUAAACACCAUGGCUUGGGUCAGGGGCACCUUAGUUUUCAAUGUGAUAUCUUUGCUUUUUAACACUUUAAAGAGCUCUUUUACACCAGAUUUCCCCAAUACGAUGCAUCUUUUGAUUUCUUGACUGCUACUUCCCUGGGUCUUGACUGUGGAUCCAAGUAAAAUGACACCCUUGACAACUUCAAUCUUUCCUCUAUUUAGCAUGAUGUUGCUUAUUGGUCCAGUUGUGAGGAUUUUUCUUUUCUUUAUGUUGAGGUGUAAUCCAGGCUGAGGGCUGUGGUCUUUGACCUUCAUCAGUAAGUGCUUCAAGUCCUCUUCAUUCUCAGCAAGUAAGGCUGUGUCAUCCGCAUAUCGCAGGUUGUUAACGAGUCUUCCUCCAAUCCUGAUGCCCCAUUCUUCUUCAUAUAGUCCAGCUUCUCGGAUUAUUUGCUCAGCAUACAGAUUGAAUAGGUAUGGUGAAAGAAUACAGUCCUGACACACACCUUUCCUGACUUUAAACCGCGAAGUAUCUGCUGUUCUGUUCAAACAACUGCUUCUUGAUCUAUGUACAGGUUCCUCAUGAGCACAACUGAGUGUUCUGGAAUUCCCAUUCUUUGCAAUGUUAUCUAUAAUUUCUUAUGAUCCACACAGUCGAAUGCCUUUGCAUAGUGAAUAAAAUGCAGGUAAACAUCUUUCUGGUGUUCUCUGCUUUCAGCCAGCACCCAUCUGACAUCAGUUACGAUAGCCGUGGUUCCACAUCCUCUUUUGAAUCUGGCUUGAAUUUCUGGCAAUUCCCUGCUGAUAUACUGAUGCAACUGCUUUUGAAUGUUCUUCAGGAAAACUUUAUUUGCCUGUGUUACUAAUAAUAUUGUUUGAUAAUUUCCACAUUUGGUUGGAUCAGUUAGUGCCCUCAUGAAGUUUGUCAAGCAUUAAAGUAUAAUAUGGUAAAUGUUUCAAUCCCUCAGGCACUACGGGAACGUGGAGGAGAGAGUGAUUACUCUGGAAAUCGAGGAGAUACCACAGAAGUAGGAGGAAAACCAAAAGAAAUUGGUGUCACUAAGGGAGCCCGUGGAUACUGCCAAGAGGUUAAGCGAAGCAAAUAACAUUGGAUUUAGCGAUAUAGAUGAAAGUAUCUUUCGUUUCAGUGAGGGUGAAAGUCAGAAGUGAUGGGCUGAAGAGGGUAUGGAAACAGGAAAUGUUGACAGAUUUUCCAAGCUCUACUUUGAAGGACAACACAGAGCUACGUGGGAUUAAAGGUUUGCUUGGUUAACUUUAAAUAGGAAAGACGUAAGCUUGUUUGACUCUCUUAGGAGAAAAAGCCAAAACAAAAGAAAAAGUUGAAAAUACAAGGCAGAGUGAGGAUGGUUGAUUGGGCAAAAUUCUUGAGAAAGCAAAAAAAAAAAAAAAAAAAGAUAUCAAGAACACAGACAAAUCCAUUACCCUCAAGUCGAUUCCGACUUAUAUUGACCUUACAGGAUGGAGUAGAACCGUCCCAUUGGGUUUACACGUAGCCACAGGUAGAUUCAACUGCCAGCCCUUUGGUUAGCAGCCAGGCUAUUAAUCACUGCGCCAUCUGGGUUCCAAGAACAUAGAGAAAGGGAUUGUUUUUAAACUGAAAGGUUUCCCUCUUAACAGAAGAGAAGGAAAGGAGGGUGGCUGCUGGGUAAGGCAAAGAUUGUUUCAGUCUGGCGGCAUGGGGUCUGUUACCUUCGCGAAGUAGGAAGCAAAGUCAUCUGAUAACAAAGAGGGAAUUGGUGUCAGAAGUUGAGACUACAGAAAUUUCAAAAUAAUUACUGAAGAGAAAGUAAGAGAGAACCAAAGACCAAUAACGAAAAGUUCAAUUAAACUGGAGAACAUAAAUUUAGUACAGCACUCACAUUCACAAGAGUGCCACAGAAGGGCAAUGGGCAAUACAAGGGAGCAUUGUGAGAAGUCAUAGAACUUGGAAUUUAAACGGAGCAGGAAAAGAAAGGAAGAAGGGGGCCGAUAGGAAGAAAUCAGCGGGGUCAGGGGUGGAGGUCUGGAUGAGAACAACGAAAAGCUGUGGGAGGCGGUUUGUGUCAGCAAGAUUUCAUCAUUUUGACUUCAUCAUUGAGGAAACACUUGGUCGAUGACAAGGUAUUCCCUCCAAACAGCAACUUCUCGGUCAUCCCGAAGCUAAAUCGUGUGGGCAGGUGACACGAUUAUUCAGGAUCCUCAAGUGCCAGCCACCUAACCCGCCCUGCACCGGGGCAGCGGCGAGACGCAUGCGCGCUGUGAGCGCGAUCCCGCCGCGCCCGAGCAGGACGUCGCCGUCGCCUCUCUUUCCUUCCCGAUCUUCUCCAGCGCGUAACUGAAUGAGUCUGAAAAUUACCCGGUGCCGUGAGCACAGGUGCCACGCCUUCCCUCGACCAGAAACCCUCCGCCUGGGCCCGCGCGGGAGGAGCGGGUCCUCUGAGGGGAGCGGCGACCCCGCCGGCCCCGGUCUCUUUCCCUGGCGGCGGCGGCGGUGCCGGCUUCCUCCGUGGGACAAUAUGUUCAAGAGAAUGGCCGGAUUUGGGCCUGACACCGGCCGGAGAGUUACGUUUUGGUCAACACUCAAUCACCUGUUGCCUUCGAGUGGAUACAGACUCCUAAUGACCCUAUACGACAGAGUAGAACUGCUCCAUAGGGUUUCCAAGGCGUGGCUGGUAGAUUUGAACUGCUGACCUUUUGGUUAGCAGCCGAGCAUUUAAACACUGCACCACCAGGGCUCCGAAUACUCCACAGGCUGAUUAAGGAGGAAAUGAUUGUCUAAUGUCCUCAAACUACUGACAUAACCAGCUGGUGAUGGCAGUCAACGUUGGAAAAUUUUUUCCAAAGGCUAGCUUUAAAGUUUGGGGUUACUAUUGUUACACGAAUAGUUCAUGGUAAUGUUGCCGAUACUUUGGAAAGAAAAGAGAGAAAGAUGGACACACCCAUCAGUGGAUAGUAUAUGUAAAACCACACAGAAAUGAGGAACAAAAUGAAAGAUCUUCACCAAGUAAUAGUGUCCUUCUUUCACCUGUGGAAAGAGUCCAUGGAGAAGCUCAGUAUCAUCAUUCAGAACACUGCCGGGGUCGACUGUGGAACAGACCAUCAGUUGCCCAUAUGCAAGUUUAAAUUGAAGCUGGACAAAAUUACAGCCAUUCCAUGAGAACCAAACUAUGACCUUGAAUAUAUUCCACCCGAAUCUGGAGACCAUCUAAAGAAUGGAUUUGAUGCAAAAAAAAAAAAAAGAAGAUAUAAUGCAUUGAACACUAAUAACCAAAUAUCUGAAGAGUUGUGGGAUGACAUCAAGGACAUCAUACAUGAAGAAAGCAAAGGGUCGUUAAAAAGACAGGAAAGAAAAAAAUGGAUGUCAGAAGAGACUCUGCAACUAGGUCUUAAAUGUAGAGUAACUAUAGCAAAUGGAAGAAAUGGUGACAUAAAAGAGCUGAACACAAGAUUUCAAAGGGUGGCUCGAGAACACAAAAUAAAGUAUUAUAAUGAAAUGUGCAAAGAUCUGGAGUUAGAAAAGAAAAUACUGGUCAUUUCUAAAGCUGAAGGAAAAAUUCAAGCCUUGAGUUGCAAUUUUGAAGGACUUUAUAGGCAAAAUAUUGAAUGACACUGGAAGCAUCAAAAGAAGGUGGAAGGAAUACACAGUCACUCUACUAAAAAGAAUUGGUCGACAUUCAACCAUUUCAGGAGGUAGCAUAUGAUCAGGGACUGAUGGUAUUAAAGCAAGAAGUCCAAGCUUCACUGAAGGCAUUGGCAAAACCAAGACUCCAGGAAUUGAAGGAACACCAAUGGAGAUGUUUUAACAAACAGAUGCAAUGCUGGAAGUGCUCACUUGUCCAUGCCCAAAAAUUUGGAAUACAGCUACCUGGUCAACCAAGUGGAUGAAAUCCAUGUCUGUUCCCAUUCCAAAGAAAGGCAAUCCAAUAGAAGGUGGAAAUUAUUGAACAAUAUCAUUAAUAUCACAUGCAAGUCAUUCCAAAGCAGUUGCAGCAGUACACCAGCAAGGAACUGCCAGAAAUUCAAGCCAAAUUCAGAAGAGGACAUGGAAUUAGGGGUAUCACUGCUGAUGUCAGAUGGAUCUUGGCUGAAAGCAGAGAAUGCCAGAAAGAUGUUUACCUGUAUUUUAUUGACUAUGGAAAGUCAUUUGUCUGUGUGGAUCAUAACAAAUUAUGGAUAACAUUGGGAAGACGGGGAAUUGCAGAAAACUUAAUUGUGCUCAUGAGGAACCUGAAUGUAAACCAAGAGUGAGUCAUCUGAACAGAGUAAGGGGAUACUCUGUGGUUUGAAAUCAAGAUAGGUGUGCGUCAGGGUUGUAUCCUUUCACCGUACUUACUCAAUCUGUAUCCUGAGCAAAUAACCCAAGAGUGGACUAUAUGAAGAAGAACCAGCCAUCAAGACUGGAGGAAGACCCAUUAUCAACUGCUAUAUGCAGAUGACACUACUUUCCUUGCUGAAAGCAAAGAGGACUCGAAGCAGUUACUGAUGGAGAUCAAAGACUACAGCCUUCCUUAUGCAUUAACAUCUCAACGUAAAGAAAACAAAAAUCCUCACAACUGGACCAAUAAACGACAUCAUAAUAAAUGAAAAGAAAUAUUGAAAUUCUCAAGGAUUUCAUUUUACUUGGAACCACAGCCAACACCCAUGGAAGCAGCAGUCAAGAAAUCAAACGGCAUAUUGCAUUGGACAAAUCUGCUGCAAAAGACCUCUUUAAAGUGUUGAGAAGUAAAGAUGUUACAUUGAGGACUAAGGUACGCCUGACCCAAGCCAUGAUACUUUCAGUUGCUUCAUAUGUAUGCAAAAGCUGGACAAUGAAUAAGGAAGACCAAAGAAGAAUUGAUGCCUUUGAAUUAUGCUGUUGGCAAAGAAUAUUGAAUAUACUAUGGACUGCCAAAAAAAGCAAAAACUCCAUCUCGAAAGAAGUACAGCCAGAGUGCUCCUUGCAAGUAACGAUGGCACGACUUCAUCUCCCUUGCUUUGAACAUGUUAUCAGAAGGGAUCAGUCCCUGGAGAAGGACAUCAUGCUUUGUAAGGCAGAGCAUCAGUGAAAAAGAGAAAGACCCUCAGUGAGAUGGAUGGGCACAGUAGAUGCAACAAUGGGCUCAAACAUAGCUAUGAUUGUGAGUAUGUGGCAGGACCAGAGAGUGUUUUGUUCUGUUGCACAUAGUGUUGCUAUGAGUUGAAAUUGACUUGAGGGCACCUAACAACAGUAACACUGGGUAUUAUAACGUAAUAAAAUAAUCUGGAAUCUAUAGACACCUUUCCCAAGAGAAUAAAAUACAUACAUUGCACCAAAUAUGCAAUACGUACAAAACUUCUGGGGAAAAAUAUCUGUGCCCCAAAAGUAUGCUUACUUCUUAUUUUAUUUUUAAAGAGCUUGCUAACUCACCUCAAAUGAAAUAAUAGCGUUUUGAUAAGAUGUUAUCACUGAUCGUCGCUUCUGCCCCAGGAGAGAUAAAGGACCAAAACAUCUCUUCUGUUUAAGUGUUCACAUUAUCAUGCUAUCAUUUUGGUUUGGGAUGUCAUGCAAAUAUUUCCUUAUCCCAUCCCAAGAAAGUGGAAGCCCAGAACUAUUCAGAUAUUUAAAAGGAAAAGUUAAUCUCGCCAGCAGAAGGCUGAGAUAGUGUGGAUAAUAACUAGAUGCACGUUAGCAUUGAGUCGGAGAGAAUAUAAAGGGGACUAAUUUUAAAGACUAGCAUUUUACAUUCACUUCUGUCUCUUUGAGUCCUGAAAAUCUGUCUCUAUAUUUAUUGUGAAUUAACAAAAUUAGACCUAGCUUCAAAAAUGGAAUUAUUUUGAUUUUCUUAGACAAGGUCUCCAACUAGUAAUUUAGAGACAAAGCUGGAGAAUAAUCUUAGAGGACAAACAGGGAGAGAUUGCCAUUGAUGAAAAUUAGGAGUACUACAAAGUGAUGACAUUUUGUGUGGCUCAGAAUUUGUCUUCAUAGGCAGGUCCAGAAGGACAGUUCCUUUUGAGCUAUGGCCGAUAUAUAUAUAUAUAUAUACACACACACACACACACACACACACACACACACACACAUAGCAUUGUUCUUAAAAAUGUGCACAGAAUAGAGGGUACAGGACAGAGCUGGAGAAAAAUGUAGAACAAAAUUAUAAUUCAAAAAGAAAGAGCAGACUUGCUGGCCUGACAGAGACUGGAGAAACCCCAAGAGGAUGGCCCCGGACACCCGUUCAGCUCAGUAAUGAAGUCACUCCUGAGGUUUACCCUUCAGCCAAAGAGUGGACAGGCCCAUGGAAGAAAAUGAGACUGAAGGGACAUACCAGCCCAGGGGCAAGUACUAGAAGGCAGGAGGGAAUAGGAACGCUGGUAAUAACGAACUCAAGGUCAAGAUGAGAGAGUUUUGACAUGUCAGGGGGUUGUUAACCAAUGUCAUAAAACAAUACUUGUACUAACUGUUUAAUGAAAAACUAGUUCAUUCUAUAAACCUUCAUCUAAAAUGUACAAUUAAAAAAAAAAAGUGCACAUCCUGAGCUGAUUAUUUUAAAGGGAGCACUUAGUUGAAUAUAUCUAUUUAGGUGUAUUUGAUUUUGAAAGUUUCAGUGCUUUAUAAUAACUCUUUAUGCUCUAACAUGGAAAUGGAGGCAAGGCCUUGUACAAAAAGAGUUGGGAAAGUUGUUAACAGCAGCCUUAUUUAUAACAAUUAAAAAUUAGAUUUAUAAUAGUAAAAAAUGUAUAAUAGUAAAAAAUGUUUAGAAUAGGGAAAUGGCUGAACAACAGGAUAUAAACCUAUAUACCACUAAAAUGACAGGCACAUGUGUUCGUGUCUAUUUGUGGAAAAGCACAUAUAAGUUAAUUUUAAAUGAAAAUGAAAUAGUGAAUGUACACAAAAUGAUUUCGUGGAAACGAGUGUUAAUUAAAGAUUAGGGCUAACUUUGAGAUAUGUAUAAUGUUCAUUAGUUUGUGUUUUUUUUCUUUAGAGUUGCUCAAAUUCAAAAUAAGGAGGACAUUUCCAUUUUGGACACAAUGCAACUUCUCAGUUCUUCCUGAACCAGGUGUUCCUGUUCCCUCCUGUCUUAAAAAAUGUAACUUCCUUCAUAGGUAAUUCUUAGGUCAUCAGGAUCUGUAUGUUCAAACACAAAAAACAAAAAACCUUUUAAUGUCAGUGGAUAAACAGUUCCUCCUUUCAGCAUAGUUCAAAGAGUGGAGCCACCAAACCACUAGGAGGAGGAGGAAGUUACAAGAUGUUAAAUACUGGGACCAGCUCACCCUGGUUAGCUGAGCCAUCUGACUUCCCAGUCAACAUGAAGGCUCUCCUUAUUCUGGGGCUUCUCUUCCUUUGUGGCACUGUCCACGGUAAGGUCUUUAAAAGGUGCGAGUUGGCCCGAACUCUGAAGCGACAUGGACUGGAUGGCUACAGGGGAAUCAGCCUGGCAAACUGGGUGUGUUUGGCCAAACAUGAGAGUAAUUACAACACCCAAGCUACAAACUACAAUCCUGGAGACAAAAGCACUGAUUACGGGAUUUUUCAGAUCAAUAGCCGCUACUGGUGUAAUGAUGGCAAAACCCCAAAAGCAGUUAAUGCCUGUGGCAUAUCUUGCAACGCUUUGCUGCAAGGUGAUAUCACUCAAGCUGUAGCUUGUGCAAAGAGAGUUGUCAGGGAUCCUCAAGGCAUUAAAGCAUGGGUGGCGUGGAGAAAACAUUGUCAGAACCGCGAUCUCACUCAGUACGUUCAAGGCUGUGGGGUUUAACUGCAGAGUUUUCGUUCUUCAGCUCACUUUUGUCUCUUUUCAUAUUAAGGGAGUAGUAAAUAAGUGAAAGGUCACACUACUUUUCUUUCCCCUCCAAACAAGGAACUUUUUUUUACAGAAGCAGGAGCAAAAUAUUGCCUUUCUCCUAAGGCUUAGUGAUUAAUAACAUGUACUAUUUGAUUAUGGGUAUUUGAUGUUAUACCUACAGCAUUUUUCAGUUUGCGUCAAAGAACUAACGCUGGUAGAAAUGAAUCUAAAGCCUUGGUUAGAAAUACAUCUCCGAUAUAUUCAGUUCAUUAACAAAGAAAUAACCCGGACUUAAACUGGAUAAUACAGUUAGUCCACAAUAUUAGAUAAAAAUGUAAUAGAAGACUCUCUCAAAAUAAACUGAUCUCAGGCACAAUCCCAACUGUGUAGGCAUACAAUGCCUCCAACUGUUCAGUCAUCUCCAAAUGAGACAGCCACUCUUUGUUGGACAAUCUCAAAUUUAAAAAGGUACAGAACGCCAAAUGGCUAAAGUGGAGAUUGCCUGAAUGAAUAAUUUUGUUUUCAUGAAGUGUGUGACCUUUGGUUGAAACUUUUUAUGAAAAAUAUUGCUUUUAUGCAGCUUUACAAAUAGACUCACAAUUUCAGUCUAUUUUAGUCCCUUAAAAACCUGUCCUAUCUUGAGCUGUAAACUUCCACUUAAAGCACAAUAAAAAAAAUAAUUAAUUAAAAAACUGUCACAUGCAUCUUGCUGAUCAUGAAGGAAAGAUAAGGAAAGAUUAGAUAAGCUGUUGCUAUUCUUUAAUUUUAUUAAUGUAAAUUCAUGCAUGAAAACUAAAUCCAAAAGGCAGAUGAGUUUGCAAAUAGUGAAAUGCUAAUGAACAACAGCUAAGAAAUUAUGCAUAUUGUAAAAAAAAAUGCAAACAUGGUUAUUAAAGGCUUCGCAACUCACACCUUGUAUGUUUGUUUAAGACUGGAGUCUUUGAAGAAAAAAAAUUUGAAAAAAAUGAUUUUGCACUCAAUAUAUUUCCUAUAUCCUCACUUGCACCCAAACUGCUGCAUGUUGCUGCAGAAAAACACACAAAUAUCCUGAUAGUUCUCACUUUAAAUUCAUUGCUACGAAUCUCAAAUGAACACUCAAACCUAUCUGGCCAUCUUAGUUAUUUCUCUGCAGUCCUCCCUGUUGGUGUCCCCACUCUAAAAUAAGUAUUGCUAUUUUACUUCUUCUCCUCUCUCUCCAAAGUCCCAGUAUCCUCCCCCCAGUCCUCCACUCCGCCGAGUCCCCACUCGCCUCAUAUCACACUGAGAAU